GCGACCUUCGUUCUCUCUGCUUUUCCGAAAGGUACUGGUGACUUUGUGCUCCCGAAAAAUCAUCAAAAAUGGACGCUCCUCUUACUCCUGAGCUCAAAGCCGAGCUGAAAAGGAUUGCCGAGGCUAUUGUAGCUCCUGGUAAAGGGCUUCUUGCUGCUGAUGAAAGCACUGGUACCAUGGGAAAGCGUCUUGCAAACAUCGGUGUCGAGAAUACUGAAGAAAACCGUCGUCAGUACCGUCAGCUUUUGUUCACUAGUGGCGCUGAAAUGCGUAAUUCGAUCAGUGGUGUUAUUCUCUUCGAGGAAACCUUGUACCAGAAAGCAGACGAUGGAACUCCAUUCGUGAAGAUCAUCAAAGACCAAGGAAUCAUCCCUGGAAUCAAAGUUGACAAAGGAGUAGUCCCGCUGGCUGGAACACAAGGAGAAGGCACAACUCAAGGUCUUGAUGGCCUGUCUCAGAGAUGUGAGCAGUACAAAAAAGACGGCUGUGACUUCGCUAAAUGGCGUUGUGUGCUUAAAAUCACUGACCAUACCCCCUCGGAACUAGCCAUGAAGGAGAAUGCCAAUGUUCUUGCUCGCUAUGCAACUAUUUGUCAACAGAAUGGAAUCGUCCCCAUAGUAGAGCCUGAAGUCCUCUGUGAUGGAGAUCAUUCCUUGGAACGUGCACAGAAAGUCACAGAGGCGGUUCUUUCUGCACAAUACAAGGCUCUGGUAGAUCAUCAUGUUUAUCUUGAAGGAACUUUACUGAAGCCUAACAUGGUAACUCCAGGUCAAAGUUGUCCCCAAAAAAGCACUCCAGAACAAUGUGGUAAGGCUACUGUAGAGGCCUUGCAGAGGACUGUACCAGCUGCUGUACCAGGAAUUACAUUUUUAUCAGGAGGACAGUCUGAGGAACAGGCCUCUAUCCACCUUAAUGCAAUCAAUCAGUACCCUGGUAAAAAGCCAUGGAAGUUGACUUUUUCUUUUGGCCGAGCCCUUCAGGCCAGUGCCCUAAAGGCAUGGAGCGGCAAGAAAGAAAAUGUCAAGGCAGGUCAGAAAGAGUUCUUGAAGCGUGCCAAGGCUAAUGGAGAGGCUGCAAAAGGAGAGUACAAAGGAGAGGCAAGUCUUGCUGGAGAUCAGAGCUUGUUCGUUGCCAACCAUCAGUACUAAUUAACACUGUCAAGAAGAAAACAUAGCCUUAGAUGACUGUCUUGUACAGCUGAAUUACUGUAGCCCGUUUUGGAUCCAUGCUUAUAUUCUAUACUGCUGCCUGUAAUGCAUGUUGACAAUGCCCCUUUGAAUGCAAAUUCAAGAUUCUCUUAAUAAUUAUUAAUGUUGGAGGUUUAUAAUUUUCUAUAAGAUAUAAUAUUUAAUGUAAGCUAGGUUCUGCUCUAUGAAAUAGAGAUUCAAGUCUCUCUGGAUAGGGAAAGUUAUGGGGUACAAGUAAAGACCUUGUGUUUUUGAAACUCGUGUUGGAUGAAUUCCUUGGCAAAACCUAUUAAAUUUUCAUUAUAGAAAUAAACGUAGUUGAAACUGUG